AUGGGCAAGCAUAUAAAUAUUGUCAUUAUCGGUGUUAGUGGUUGUGGAAAGACAUCCCCUCUGACUGUGUUUGAAAAUGAUAAAUUUCCUGAAGUGUACGUGCCUACAAAACUAGGAACUCGAGUAGUAAAUAUUACCAUUCGUGACAAAAAGGUUAAAUUAGAAUUAUGGAAGCCUUUUGGGCAAACGUUAUAUGAUCGUCAACGUCCUCUGAAGUACCAAGAUGCUAACGUUAUCAUCUUACGAUAUUCUAUCAAUGAUCGAAGUUCACUAGAAAAAAUUGCUAAUAAAUGGACAAAUGAACUGAAGAACGAAUGCUCAAAUGCCCUUAUUAUUCUCAUUGGGAAUAAGAAAGAUCUUAGAAAUCAUCCUGAAACUAUCGAAGGAUUAGCCCAGAUGGGGCAACUGCCGGUGGAGCUAGGAGAGGGUGUUGUCAUGAUUGAAGAGAUAGGCUUAUAUGCCUAA